UGCGUUUAACGUUUAUCAUUUCGGUUCAAGUCCUUUUAUAUGGAAAGAAAUGCCACCAGAAGAGUAAUAUUUUCAAGUCUUUUCGUGUAUGAAUUAACCGCGUCCUCGAUCUAUUAAAACGAUGUCCCCCUGUGCGUAAAAUGCCGCGCUUAGUGCGUCCUGGCGCGGACGAUUCCUUGGAAAAUGUGCGGUGUCAGUCGCGUUUCCCUCACGCCCCGCUGCUGUGGGUCGGUGCUGAGCAGGAGUGGCAUCUCAGCGACAAAAUCUGGAUGAAAGAGCGUCCUUUAGAGCUCAGGCAUGCAUCGAGUAGUGAGAUCAUUGGCGUUAUAAAUAUCCCCGUGUCAGCAGAACAACUCCAGCUACUGCAGCCGGGGUAAUGCCCAGGAGCGCUGCACGGGUGUGUGCGCACGGUUUCUGGCGCCCAGACCUCAGGAGUGACACCAAAAUGCUAGAAGUGGCCUAGCGAGUGUCUCCUUUUUGGAAGAAUGAAUGUUCCUCUUUACCUUCUGACCGUCGCUCACUUGAUUUGCGCCGCCGCCGGAGCACAGUACGUCUCUUUGGAGCGCCAACUUCUGGAGGAGGAGAUCAGUUCGGGACGCAGGACUUGCAGGCUCUACUGUAGGGUUGGCAUCGGCUUCCACCUCCAGAUUCAUCCCGACGGCAGAGUGAACGGCAGCCAUGAGCCCAACCAGCUGAGUGUCUUGGAGCUCUUUGCGGUUUCUCAGGGGGUCAUCGGCAUCAAAGGGGUCUACAGUAACAGAUUCUUGGCCAUGAAUAAAAGAGGGCGGCUCCACGCCACUGAAUGGUUCACAGACGACUGUAAAUUCAGGGAACGUUUCCAGGAGAACAGCUACAACACUUACGCCUCAGUAAUCCACAGGAACCACAGGACUGGUCGCGAGUGGUUUGUGGCCCUCAAUAAGAGAGGGAAGGCUAAAAUGGGCUCCAGCCCGCGGGUCAAAUCCCAGCAUGUCUCCACCCACUUUUUGCCCAGGGUCAGCCUGUACGACAAGAGUGAGCGAGGCUUCACCAUCACAGACAGGAGCAAAGAGAGGAGGAAAGCCCCGCCGCCACUACCACCCAAACCUCCUCUGGCGAAGGCUAACGUCCAUGCAGGAACAGCACCAAGACGUACGCAGGUCAAGUACUGGCCCAAAUACCGGUUUGGAUAGAUUUCAUAGGGUUUGGCUCUAUCUGGGGGAUACAAGGUUCAGAGACGUUGGACAUAUAAGUAAUGGACAUGCUCAAACUGACAAUGGUCAUUUAUGACAUUCAAAGCAUUCCGGGUAUCUAUGAAGUGUAUGAAAAACCUCAAAGGGCUGCCAGGUACAACGAUUGAGCUUUUCUAUAUUAUGAUCAUGGUUGGGAGCUGUCUUUCCACUUGGGUUGAUUGUCCUGUUUUAUGUUAUCAUUUUUGUACAUUGUGAACUUCAGCAGUGACCCAGCUUGAAAAUAAUGUUUUUUGAAACCAGAUGUUGUUAAAGCUGAAAUAACCAUAACUUUCUGCAUAUUCUUGAA